AUUUUAGGAAGUGGUGAUUGCUAGCUCAUUAUCUGUAACCAGCGGUAUGCUCAAUCUAAUGAGAAAUUGUCCGAAGGAAGCCGCUCAUCUCAGAAAAGAGCUACUAAUUGCAGCCCGUCAUAUAUUUGCCACAGACUUGCGUCAAAAAUUCAUUCCAUCAAUUGAUAAACUAUUUGAUGAGGACUUGCUUAUUGGAAAAGGGAUCACAUUGGACUCGAUUCGCCCUCUCGCAUACUCAACACUAGCAGAUCUUGCUCACCAUGUUCGCCAAAGCCUAAGUUUAGACGUAUUAAUUAAAGCAGUAAAUCUUUUUUCAAAAAACGUUCAUGAUGAAACACUUGCUGUGGGUAUACAAACCAUGUCUUGCAAGCUUUUGUUAAACCUGGUUGAUUGCUUACGACACCACAGUGAAAUAGAGCCUCAAAGAUCUAGAGCUAUUCUUUCAAAACUUUUAAAGGUUUUUGUCAAAAAAUUUGAAACUAUAGCCAAAAUUCAGCUUCCAUUAAUUAUUCAAAAAUGCAAAGGACAAUCUUUUUGUGGACCUUCGACAAAUUCUUCAAGCCCCGCUUCAUUGUCGCUUAUAAAUGUGCCAGAUCUAAAGGAGGACCAAAUAUCUAAUGAACCAGCAAAAUCGUCCGGAACUGGAAUACAGUGGGUUAAUUCCGUAAAUGUAGCUGAAUUUCGAAGCUUAGUUAAAACUCUUGUUGGUGGAGUUAAAACAAUUACAUGGGGUUUUUUCAACUCUAAGUUUCAGAUUUCUGAUACGGGCCUUCCUAAUCACGAAAAGCUGUUUAGUCCUGACAUUUUACACUCAUAUAUUGACUUGGUCCAUUAUGCGAUGGAGGCUUUAGAUAUUUAUACUAUAAACGUUAAUCCAAAUCAACAGAGAACCUCUGGAUUGAUAUCGAGAAGUAAAGAAGAAAAAGAAGUAUUAGAACACUUUAGUGGCAUAUUUUUAAUGAUGCACUCUCAAAACUUUCAAGAAAUAUUUUCGACAACAAUCCAUUUUUUAGUGGAAAGGAUCCAUAAAAAUCAAUCCUUGCAAGUGAUAGCAAACUCAUUUUUAGCUAAUCCGACUACAUCACCGCUUUUUGCCACAGUGUUAGUGGAAUAUCUUUUGGACAAAAUGGAAGAAAUGGGAACAAACCUGGAGCGUUCCAAUUUGUAUCUACGGUUGUUCAAAUUAGUUUUUGGAAGCGUCAGCCUCUUUCCAGUUGAAAAUGAACAAAUGUUGCGCCCCCAUCUUCAUAAAAUAGUCAUUCGAUCAAUGGAAUUGGCCUUAAUUUCUGACGAGCCGUACAACUAUUUUUUACUCCUUCGCGCCUUAUUUAGGUCGAUUGGCGGCGGUAGCCAUGACCUACUAUACCAAGAGUUUCUCCCACUUUUACCAAACUUAUUGGAAGGAUUAAAUCGACUACAGAGUGGAUUUCAUAAGCAGCACAUGCGAGAUCUUUUUGUGGAACUUUGUCUUACUGUCCCGGUUCGCUUAUCAUCUUUACUGCCCUACCUACCCAUGUUAAUGGAUCCUUUAGUUUCUGCAUUAAAUGGCUCCCCUACUUUAAUAAGUCAGGGCUUGCGAACAUUGGAACUAUGCGUUGAUAACUUGCAGCCUGACUUUUUAUAUGAUCACAUACAACCAGUGAGAGCAGCAUUGAUGCAAGCUUUGUGGAAAACCUUAAGAAAUCAGGACAAUGCCGCAUUAGUUGCGUUUCGCGUUCUUGGAAAAUUUGGAGGUGGAAAUCGAAAAAUGAUGGUGGAGCCGCAAAUUUUAUCUUAUCAGAAAACUGAAAAGCCAACCAUAUCAAUUGUAACAUAUUUUCAAGAGUAUGAGACCCCGAUAGAUUUUCCUGUCGAUGAGGCGAUUGAAUCAGCUCUCAGAGCCUUGGGAUCAAACUCUACUGAACAGUUUUAUAGACGACAAAGCUGGGAAAUAAUCCGAUGCUUUCUAGCUGCGUUCAUAAGUUUGGAUGAUGAAAAACAUAUAUUGCUAAAACUUUUUACUCAUGUGGAUUUUGUUGAAAGUAAUAUUAUAAAUUCGUCUACGCUUCAACAUAAAAUCGAGAAUGAAACUGUACGAGGAACGCAUCAAACAGCCCUAAUAGGAAUGUUAGUUGCUUCAGCAACAAAGGAUUUGCGUGAUUCUGUGUGUCCAGUAAUGGCCGCCGUUGUUAGACAUUAUACUAUGGUAGCUAUAGCACAACAGGCGGGACCUUUUCCACAGAAAGUGUAUCAAACUGCGAAUGGAGUUGAUCCUUUGGUAUUAAUUGAUGCUUUAGCCUCUUGCAUGGGUCAUGAAGAAAAGGAAUUAUGUAAACCAGGAAUAGCAUGCAUGGGUAUUAUUCUUGACACUGCAACAAAUAUUAUGGGUAAUAAAGAAAGAGCGUGCAGAUUACCUAUUAUCCAGUAUUUAGCUGAAAAAAUGAUAUCCCUAUGCUAUGACCGCCCCUGGUAUUCAAAAGUGGGGGGUUGUCAAGCAAUUCAGUUUUUAUGUAAACAUAUGUCUCUGCGUGCUCUUUUUCAAAAUCUCUUUAAUUUUUUAAAAGCAUUUAUGUUUGUACUAAUGGACCUAGAAGGAGAUGUUUCUAAUGGCGCUAUCGAUAUUACAAAAAACUAUAUGAAAACUAUGUUGGAAAUUUGCUUAAGCCCUAUAAGUGAAUGUUAUAAAAAUGCAGAUUUAAAUGAUUUGCAAUCCAAAGCAUCUUAUGAAGUUAUUCACGAGUUAGUGCGACACAUAACAAGUCCCAACGCAAUCGUCAGAGAAGAAUCUAUGGCAUUAUUAAAACACAUUGGAACCCUGCAAUCAAAAACCGUUUCCGAAGUUAUGGAUCCACAUAAGGAUGUCCUCGCUGACAUAAUACCUCCGAAAAAGCAUUUGUUAAGGCACCAGCCCGCAAAUGCACAAAUAGGAUUAAUGGAUGGCAACACAUUUUGUACAACUUUAGAACCACGUUUAUUUACGAUAGAUUUGACGAAUACCUAUCACAAACUUUUUUUUCACGAGUUGCUUACAUUAAGUGAAGCCGAAGAUGCCACGUUAGCAAAGUUGGACUGCUAUAAAAACGUUCCGAAUCUCAUACCACUUAGGACCAGUGCGUUACGAGCACUAGCAGCAUGUCACUAUAUAAGUGAUAUUGGAUACAAAGAGAAAAUUAUAAAUAUAAUUUUUAAAGUCAUGGAAAAUGAUAAACCAGAACUUCAGGAAACUGCGUACCUCUGCAUGAAGCACUUUAUUACUGGAGUUACACUAGAAAAAGAAAAGGUACAAUCUGCAAUGCGUCCACUGCUCUUAAAAUUGGGCGAUCACAGAAAUUUGUCUAUACCAGCAAUAAAACGCUUAUCUUAUUUUACGCAAUUAUUUCCGGAAAUGUUUAAUGAGAAGUUAAGUGAACAAAUAUUGCAACACUGUUCAAAAAUUAUUGAAAUAUUUGUGGGAGACUAUAAGUGCACAAAUCAAAAUAUCAACUUUUUUGCAUCAUCAAAGGGCGGAGAGUACGAACUUAAAAUUGUCACACUAGUCGAAAUGUUUUCCCAUAUCUCAGCAUCAGAAAAAUAUAUUGAAAAGUUAUGCCAACUCGUCUUAAAAACAGAAAAAAAUCUGAUGAUUGAGGCAUCAAGCCCAUAUCGAGAACCGCUUCUAAAGUUUCUUCAACGUUUUCCAGCAGAAACAGUGGAUUUAUUUUUAAAAGAAUCUGUUAUGAUGGACUCUCAAUGGAAUCGUUUUUUUAUAUAUGUUUUAAAGCACAAAAUGGGAUCAACAUUUCGUUUAGCUAUAAAAAACAGUAAAUAUAACAAAUUAUUAAUUUACUUAAACUUCAAUUCCGACUUACUACAAACACAUAAAUAUGAAGUUCAUCACCAAGCCGUUUUAAUAAUUUUUACGUUAAUGGAAAUAGAUGAUCAAUGGAUUCCGACGCGACGAGACAUUGUAGACGCCCUCAAAAAUUGCUGGCAGAGUAAUUUAUAUUCCACAUGCGCUGAAAACGUAGUUUGUGAUUUAUGGCAUUUAAUUGGAAGAAUACUCUUGCUUUAUUUUUCAAACAACACAAAUGAUAUUGAACUGCUCUUUCAAUUAUUAAAAGCAUUAUGCUUUCGCUUUAUACCUGAUGUUUACUUCUUACGAGAUUUCUUGCAAAACACAGUUGCUCAAAGCUUUACCGUUAACUGGAAACGAAACGCAUUUUUUUAUUUUGUUGAAAAUUUUAAUAACAACACAAUUUCAGAAGAGCUGAAAGCGAAAAUUAUUUCAGCUGUUAUUAUUCCUUGUUUUACUGUAAGUUUUGAUAAAGGCGAAGGAAACAAACUAAUUGGCGCUCCGCCGACGCCAUAUCAAGAAGAUGAAAAAAAUAUUGUUUCCGUCUUUAUUAAUAAAGUUUUUGACCCGGAUAAACAAUAUGAAGAUGCAGUUAGAAUUGCUCUGUUACAGUUUGCCUGUUUAUUGGUAGAACGCGCAUCUCAGCACAUACAUGAUGGAGAUGCUAAUAAUAAGCGGCAGGGUAAUAAGCUUCGGCGUCUCAUGACCUUUGCUUGGCCCUGUUUACUUAGUAAGAAUUCGGUGGACCCAACUGCACGAUAUCAUGGUCAUUUAUUGCUUGCGCAUAUAAUAGCUAGAUUGGCAAUUCAUAAAAAAAUAGUUUUGCAAGUAUUUCAUUCGUUGCUUAAAGGACAUGCAUUAGAGGCUAGAUCUAUAGUUAAACAAGCUCUCGAUGUACUAACACCAGCUAUGCCGUUGCGAAUGGAAGACGGAAACACUAUGUUGACACACUGGACAAAAAAAAUUAUCGUUGAAGAAGGCCAUGCAAUGCAGCAGCUGUUUCAUAUAUUACAACUUAUAAUUCGUCAUUAUAAAGUAUAUUUUCCUGUAAGGCAUCAACUAGUGCAACACUUAAUAAAUUAUAUGCAGCGCUUAGGAUUUCCUCCUACUGCGUCUAUUGAACAUAAGAAACUAGCUGUGGACUUAGCAGAAGUAAUUAUAAAAUGGGAGCUUCACCGCAUUAAAGAGGAUGAGCGAGAAACCAAAGCUGAUGGAACCGAUGAAGAAUUCUUGCAGGAAAGCUCAAUAAAACGGACAGGAAUCGAUUCGGUGGAAACUCGAAAAAAGUCUUUUGACAAUAUAAGAGAUUCAACAGUGCAAGGUGUGGGAUCAAACACAAAGGUUGAUGAUGUCUUGCGCUCCAUAGAUAAGUCCUACUGCGAUACGGUUUUAAAUUUUUUGGUGCGUUUAGCAUGCCAGGUUAAUGAUCCACAAGCUACAAUAAUUUCGCCAGGGGAAAGUUUAUCUCGAAGAUGUGUUAUGCUCCUAAAAAUGGCAAUGCGUCCCGAGAUUUGGCCUCAACCUUUUGAUAUUAAGCUUAAUUGGCUUGACAAAGUUCUUGCAACAGUGGAAACUCCUCAUCACAACUUGAACAACAUUUGUACUGGAAUCGAUUUUCUAACAUUUUUAACUACUAUAUUGAACCCGGAGCAGUUGGUGUCAAUUAUUCGACCAGUGCAACGAGGCUUGUCUUUAUGUAUAAUUCACCAAAAUACUCGUAUUGUGCGGCUAAUGCAUAUUUUUUUAACACGACUUAUGGGAGUUUUUCCGCCUGAUACGCAACAUAAACAUGAUGAUCUCGAAUUAUUAUACAGCGCUGUUAGUAAAAUGAUCGCUGAGAACCUUACAUUUUACGAAAAGAGUCCUCAACCAAAUGCUUCGUCGCUCUUUGGUACCUUAAUGAUUUUAAAAGCCUGCACCACGAAUAACCACAGUUAUAUAGAUCGAAUUUUAGUCCAAUUUAUAAGAGUUUUAAAUCGUCUUACAAAGGACCAUAUUAACACCAUAAGUGGUAAUAAUGUUAUCAGUCAACCCCCUGAUUCAAAUUCUUUACCCUUAGAGCUCUUGGUGCUUUCGUUAGAACUAAUCAAAAAUAGGAUUUUUAUAAUGAGUGUGGAAAUCAGAAAACUUUUUAUUGGCACUAUCUUGGUUAGUCUAAUUGAAAAAAGCUCGGAAGUAAAAAUUAUUAAAUGUAUAAUUAAAAUGCUUGAUGAUUGGGUAAAAUCAAAAGAACCAAAUGUUAUGACACAAAUUCCGUCUAUUCGUGAAAAAUCUGCUUUGCUGGUAAAGUUAAUGCAAAACGUUGAAAAGAAGUUCAAUGAUGACAUUGAACUAAAUGUACAAUUCUUGGAAAUUAUAAAUUAUAUAUAUAGAGAUGAAAUCCUUAAACAAACAGAGUUAACAAGCAAACUGGAGGGAGCAUGUCUAAAUGGUUUACGUUUUCAAAAUCCGCACAUAAGGGCCAAAUUUUUUGAAAUAUUAGACUCAUCAAUGCGUCGUAGACUUCAUGAUAGGUUGUUGUAUAUAAUUUGUUCUCAAGCAUGGGACACAAUUGGAUCCCAUUAUUGGAUAAAACAAUGCAUUGAACUGCUUAUUUUAACAGCUAACACAAUGGUGCAAAUACAAUGUUCAAAUGAAGAAUUUAAAAUACCUAGCAUUACUUCAGUUAUUCCAGCCAACUCAGCCGAAUCACAGGAAAACUCGUUUGUUUCUUUUGUAUCAUCUCAGUCGGAAUCUUUUGAUGUUGUUCAAAGUGUUGAUGAUAAAGAUGACGUGUUUGAUAUCGAUAUAACGCUCGAAUUUACUGCUGAUCGCAAAGAAGACUGCCAACAAAUUUUACCAACUCGACGUGUUACGUUAGUGGAACUUGUUUAUAAGCAAGCGGAGUUUUUAGAAGCAAAUCGAAACAUAAGAACCGAUCAGAUGCUGGUUGCGACUUCACAGCUAUGCCAUAUUGACACUCAACUUGCUCAAAGCGUAUGGUUGUCAAUUUUUCCCCGUAUUUGGAGUAUAUUUAGUGAAGAUCAAAGGUAUAACAUCACAAAAGAAUUAAUACCGUUUUUAUCGUCUGGAACCAAUGUUAAUCAAAAGGACUGCUUUCCAAGCACACUAAAUACUUUUGUAGAAAGUUUGACUAAAUGCACACCAUCCAUAUAUAUUCCGCCUAAUUUAUUAGUUUAUCUUGGAAAAUCCCAUAACUUAUGGCACAGAGCAAUCCUUGUUUUAGAAGACAUGGCAGUAAAUCAACCAAUCCAAAAUAAGAAUAAUGCUGAUGACGUGGAUAAUACAUUGUCAGAAUUAGAUAUACAGCAAUCUAAAAACAUAUUUGAUUCACUUUCAAAAAUGUAUUCUUCAAUGCAUGAGGAAGACCUGUGGGCUGGUCUUUGGCUUAAGUUUGCACACUACCCGGAAACAAAUAUUGCUGUUUCAUACGAGCAAAUGGGAUUUUUCGAAGAGGCCCAAGGAGCAUAUGAUCUAGCAAUGACUAAGUUUAAACAAGAUUUAAAUAACGGUGUCGUUAAUACAUAUAUUAAUAGCGAAUUACUGUUGUGGGAAAAACACUGGAUCCGUUGUGCCAAGGAAUUAAAUCAAUGGGACAUUCUUUUGGAUUAUGCCCAAACAAAUAAAGAUAAAAAUAUGUUUUUAAUUCUUGAAAGUUCUUGGCGCGUUCCUGAUUGGAAUUUAAUGAAAACAGCAUUAGCUAAAACAGAACAAUGUUAUUUAAAACAACAUGGUUUUAAAAUAAACCUUUACAAAGGCUAUCUAAGUAUUCUUCACCAAGAUGAAAGGCAAACGGGCAGUAUAGAAAGAUAUGUAGAAAUUGCAUCAAGCUUAUGUAUUCGUGAGUGGCGACGAUUGCCUAGCGUUGUUUCUCACAUCCACUUGCCAUAUCUUCAAGCUUCGCAGCAAAUAAUGGAACUUCACGAGGCAAGUCAAAUCCAUCAAGGACUGGCCCAAUCACGUAAUAAUUCAUUGCACGACAUGAAAGCUAUUGUAAAAACUUGGCGUAAUCGGUUACCAAUUAUUUCUGACGACUUAUCCCAUUGGAGUGAUAUAUUUACUUGGCGACAACAUCACUACCAAAUAAUAACACAGCACCUUGAGCAACAAUCAGAUCAAGGAAGUACAAUGUUAGGGGUACACGCAUCCGCACAAGCUAUUAUUUCUUUUGGAAAAAUAGCUAGAAAACACAACUUAACCGGUGUUUGUCAGGAGACAUUGUCCAGGAUAUAUACAAUUCCCUCUGUUCCGAUUGUGGAUUGCUUUCAGAAAAUUCGUCAGCAAGUAAAAUGUUAUCUCCAAAUGCCUUCAACGUCUGGAAAAAAUGAAAUUAAUGAAGCUUUGGAAGUUAUUGAGUCCACCAAUUUAAAAUACUUUACUGGUGAAAUGAAUGCUGAGUUCUAUGCUCUAAAAGGGCUUUUGUUAGGUCAAAUUGGAAAAACAGAGGAAGCUGGAAAAUCUUUUAGUGCUGCUGCACAGCUUCAUGAUGGUCUUACGAAAGCCUGGGCUAUGUGGGGCGAUUAUAUGGAACAACUUUUUCUAAAAGAAAAGCAAAUCUCACUGGCUGCUAAUGCAUUAAUAUGUUAUUUACAUGCAAGUAGAAACCAAAUUGAAAGCAAAACCAGAAAAUAUAUUGCUAAAGUGUUAUGGUUUAUGUCAUAUGAUAACCAUACAAAAACCCUUAUUAGCACUUUGGAAAAAUAUGUGCCUGGAAUUCCACCCUCUUACUGGCUACCAUGGAUACCUCAAUUACUGUGUUGCUUGGAGCAAUUCGAUGGAGAUGUAAUAUUAAAUCUUUUAAGUCAAAUUGGACGCCUAUAUCCUCAAGCCGUUUAUUUUCCCAUUCGGACUUUAUAUUUGACUUUAAAAAUAGAGCAACGAGAGAAGCACAAAACUGCGGAACAAGCUGGGAAAAUUUCUUGCUCGAAUAUGGAUGGCCUUGCUUCAAAUUGUGGAAGAACUAAUUACGGAAAUAUUCCAUCGGUAAAUCCUAUAAAAGCAACACCUCCCAUGUGGCGUUGCUCCAAAGUUAUGCAAUUACAAAGAGAAGUACAUCCGACAAUAUUAAGUUCCUUGGAAGGAAUUGUAGACCAAAUGGUUUGGUUUAGGGAAAGUUGGACAGAGGAAGUUCUUCGACAACUACGCCAAGGUUUGAUAAAAUGCUAUGCCAUAGCAUUUGAGAACAGGAAUACUGUUGUCCAUUCGACUAUAACCCCCCACACAUUGCAUUUUGUUAAAAAGCUUGGUUCCACGUUUGGAAUAGGCAUAGAAAAUGUUCCAGGAUCUGUGACCUCAUCAAUAUCUAACUCAGCAGCCUCCGAAUCUUUGGCCCGACGAGCUCAAGUAACUUUUCAGGACCCAGUGUUUCAAAAAAUGAAGGAACAAUUCACUAAUGACUUCGAUUUUACAAAGCCAGGUGCUAUGAAGUUGCACAAUUUAAUAACAAAAUUAAAAACAUGGAUAAAAGUUCUUGAAACAAAGGUUAAAAAAUUACCGACAUCAUUUUUGAUUGAAGACAAAUGCAGAUUUUUAUCAAACUUUAGUCAAAAAACAGCUGAAGUCGAACUUCCAGGAGAAUUGCUGAUACCAUUGUCCUCUCAUUACUAUGUUAGAAUCGCCCGAUUUAUGCCACGUGUGGAAAUAGUACAAAAAAAUAACACAGCUGCGCGAAGACUAUAUAUAAGAGGUACGAAUGGAAAAAUAUAUCCCUAUCUUGUGGUUCUCGAUUCAGGACUGGGAGAUGCUCGCCGAGAAGAACGAGUAUUGCAAUUAAAGCGCAUGUUAAACUACUACCUGGAAAAACAAAAAGAGACAAGCCGACGUUUUCUUAACAUAACAGUACCAAGGGUUAUUCCAAUAUCGCCACAAAUGCGAUUGGCGGAAGAUAAUCCAAACAGCAUUUCAUUGCUUAAAAUAUUUAAAAAAUGUUGCCACAAUAUGCAGGUGGACUACGAUAUGCCAAUAGUGAAGUAUUAUGACCGUCUCUCCGAAGUACAGGCAAGAGGAACACAAACUACACAUACAAUUUUAAGAGAAAUAUUUUCUGAAAUACAAUGGACUAUGGUCCCAAAGACUCUUCUAAAGCAUUGGGCUUUGAAAAUAUUUAGGGAGGCAACAGACUUUUGGCAUUUCAGAAAAAUGUUUACCCUGCAACUGGCUUUGGCUUUUCUAUGUGAACACGCUUUUAACCUUACUCGUCUUAAUGCUGAUAUGAUGUACCUUCAUCAAGACUCUGGACUUAUGAACAUAUCUUAUUUUAAGUUUGAUGUAAAUGAUGAUAAAUGCGAUCUAAAUCAACAUAGACCAGUUCCAUUCCGCCUAACUCCGAACGUGGGUGAAUUUAUAACACAUAUUGGAAUAACUGGAACUUUAUCGGCGGCAAUUGUGGCUACAGCUCGAUGCUUUAUUCAACCAAAUUAUAAGCUUUGCUCUAUUUUGCAAACUAUUUUAAGAGAUGAAAUAAUUGCAUUGCAAAAGAAAGGAUUCCGUGAAUGUAAAUUCACCGAGGGAUCAGAAGACCGUUAUUCCGACGGAAAUUUUAUGGAGCACACAGUUAACGUUGUGAAUUCAGCAGUGGAUAUUAUUUUGACUCGUUUUAAUACAAUUUCAUAUUUCGAUAGCAUUGAGAAUAAAAAGAUAUCAUUGCUUAUACAAUCGGCAACAAAUAUCGAUAAUCUUUGUCGCAUGGACCCUGCCUGGCAUCCCUGGCUAUAACUUACUACUCAUCAUUGCCUUCUUGCAUUAAUAAGUUUUUUCCUGGAAAAGAAGUUUAUAAAAUUUUUUUGUUUUACCUAAUGAAGUAACAAAAAACUCUUCUAAAAACUGAGUAAUUGCGAAAAAAUAAUAGAACAAAAAUGACUAUGAUUACGAUACAUUAUACAUUUUUAUCAGCCCAUAUUAUCAAUUGAACAUUAUAGUUUCUAAUGCUUAUAAGGUAUCACAAUUAUAGGUCGCUGUUAAGCGCUUUUAUUAAUUAAGUUAUUUAAGAUUCAAUUCAAUCUUGUAUAUCAUGUUGUAUUGUAAAUUUCUUGCAAACUCUAAAAGCUACAUAAAUAUAAUAUUGAAAUAUUUAGCAUGAACAAA